AUGGCUGCUGAAAUCAAGCCCGCACCGAGGACUCCCAAUGAUAGGUUUUGUACUACAAAGAAACCCGCUCUAUUAAGCAAAUUGGAAGGUUGCACCGACGAUGUAAACGCAGCGGUCGUUAUACCUGGCGAGGACGGUGUAAUUAGUGUUUGUGAUGAUAAGACAAUUCGAGUAUGGCUGAAGCGCGAUUCAGGACAGUAUUGGCCGUCAAUCUGCCAGUACAUGCCUUCUGGCUGCACUUCAAUGUUCUAUACACCAGAGACAAGACAGUUGUUUAUUGGUCAAGAGAAUGGCACAGUUUCCGAGUUCAUAUUGGCACAUGACUGUAACAGAAUAAAUCCUGUCCGAGAGUACUUAGCACACACGGCACGCGUCACUGCUGUGGUCUUCUCGCUCAGUUGCGAGUGGGUACUAUCUGUGAGUCGAGAUAAAUUCUUCGCGUAUCACUGCAGUGAGACCGGCCGGAGAAUCGGCGGGUACUCCUUCGAAGCUUGGUGCACCUCAUUGCAAUUUGACUCGCAAUCGAAGUAUGCAUUCGUGGGUGACUACAGUGGCCAGAUAACUAUGCUUAAGCUAGAUAACAAUAGCGCUACGCUGGUCACUACGUUGAAAGGACAUACCGGUUCCGUAAGGGUACUUAAUUGGGCACCUCUACCCCAGCUAUUGUUCAGUGGGUCCUUUGAUCAAACAAUAAUAGUGUGGGACAUAGGUGGACAGAAGGGUACAGCGUACGAACUACAAGGUCAUAGUAACAAAGUAACAGGCUUGUGGUACGUGAGCAGCUGCGAGCGUCUCCUUUCUGCCGGGGAAGACGGCGCCCUCGGUGUAUGGGAGAUGGGAGUUCGGCGCAGAGAGACCCCGGCGUGGAAAGAGUCUGACCUAUGUCAGAUAUGCCGCGCGCCCUUCAUAUGGAAUGUUAGGGCAAUGAUGGAAAAGAAACAACUAGGUCUGCGGCAGCACCACUGCCGGUGGUGCGGCGCGGCCGUGUGCGCCACGUGCUCGCCGCACCGCCUGCCGCUGCCCAUCAUGGGCUUCGAGUUCCCGCAGAGGGUGUGCACUGCCUGCUACGAUACCUUAAGGCAUGAGCCUCGCGAAUCUCUAGCGUCGUUCCACGACAUGAAGCACGCCGUGGUGUCGCUGUACAUGGACGAGGCGACGGGGCGCAUGUGCACGGCGGGCAAGGACCGCGUCAUCAAGGUGUGGGACGUGGGCGUGCUGCUCGCGCCGCAGCCGCAGCCCACGCCCAGCGACCAGUAG